AUUUCGUUGAACGUGACAAGACGAAAAUAGUGGACGGACGGAGUAGUUGCUCGGUAACUUCAAUUUCAAAUCACAGCGUGUAAUUUCGUUUUAUAAUUUUCUAAUCUGUCGCUGUCCGAUCUGUUCGAGUUGUUCAAGGUUAAAAGAACGUAGCAGAGCGAAAUUUUCGGAAUACGAGAUUGCUCGACCGAUUGACACGGUGAACUGCUUAAAAUUGCUUCCCCGUGGAAGACCCGAAGAAGACUGUUUUUCCUAUAGGAGAUGGGAAGCACGUACACGACCUACCACCACCAACUGAGCAACGACGUUGAUUUUGCCAGUCGCAACGACACGUACGAGAUGUACUGCCUCCUGCUAUUUUCCUGCUGUCCGUGCUUCCUCGUACCGAUAUUAACAAAAUUAACAAUAAUAAACCAAGAAAUACCAUUUGCAGAUCGAUUAUAG